UUAUAUAUUACGCAAAGGAAGUUCGCAUAUGCGCAUCUUUCAGAAACGUGACUGAUAGAAAGUAGCACAACAGCACAGAACGAACCCGUUUUUGUUUUGCUGAACUUCUUCACUGGGAGGUUCCUCUGCUUUGGGCAUGCUCAGUCAGCUUGUUUUUGUCUAAGAACCUGUAAGCAUCAAUCAUCCGAGCUCCCUCUCCAUCCACACCCAGUUAAGAUGUUUAUGAGCAGGCAGCGAUUCCUGCAAUAGGCCUUACAUAAUAAAAUCAGUAAGACCGCCCACACGAGUUUAAAGGCCCUUCAGGGAACAUGCACAGCUUCAGUUUUGUUUUGAACCUGAAGGAAGAGCAGCUUCCUUGCACUUGAAUGCACGCUCGCGCUCUUUGUUUGACUUCGCACGUCUGAAUUAGACAUACUUCAAGGGCUGCACUUGGGAAAAACCAAAGAUGAUUUUCGACAAGCUGAAAAAGUUCGACAUAGUGUUUGAUUCUCCGGAGCUGGACUGUCCUCCGGUGUUCAGCAGCAGAGAUGUUGUCUCAGGGAAGGUUGUGCUCGAGCUCUCGGCGGAGACUAAAGUGGAGACGCUGAAGUUGCAUGCAGAAGGUUUCGCUAAAGUCCACUGGACCGAGUCUCGCAGCGCCGGGUCCAGCACGGCUUACACGCAGAACUACAGCGAUGAAGUGGAGUACCUAAACCGGAGAGAAGUUCUGCUGCAGGCAGAUAAUGGUGAACUGACAGUCCUGUCUGCCGGGAGACACGAGUACCCUUUCAGUUUCCAGCUGCCAGAGGAAACCCUAGUGACAUCUUUUGAGGGCAAGCACGGCAGCAUUCGAUACUGGGUGAAGGUUAAGCUGCAUCGCCCAUGGGCCACCGUCAAGAAGAUCAAGAAAGAGUUCACGGUUAUCGAGCCCAUUGACAUCAACACACCGAGUUUGCUGGCGCCUCAAGCUGGAACCCAAGAGAAGAUGGCCCGCAUCUGGUACCGCAACUGCGGGCAGGUGUCGAUCACCGCAAAGAUCGACCGCAAGGGCUACACGCCGGGUGAAGUGAUUCCAGUCUUCGCUGAAUUCGAUAACUCCACGUCUCGCGCCGUGUUGCCGAAAGCUUACAUCACCCAGACGCAGACCUUCAUCGCAAGGGGAACCAUGAAACAGAAGAGGGCCGUGGUGGCCACGUUGUGCGGGGACAUAGUUGGCGCACGCCGUAGAGAGACGUGGCACGGCCGCGCCAUCAAAAUCCCCCCAGUCGGCCCCUCCGUCCUGCAGUGUCGCAUCAUUAAAGUGGAAUACAUGCUCAGGGUGUGCGUUGAUGUUCCUGGGACGUCCAAGCUUUCCCUGGAGCUUCCUUUGGUUAUGGGCACCAUCCCUUUGCAUCCAUUCGGCAGUCGCACGUCUAGUGUAAGCAGCCAGUACAGCGUGAACAUGGAGUGGCUUCGCAUGGCCAUCCCUGAGCAGCCUGAGCCUCCUCCAGAUUACAGCGCUGUUGUGUCAGAUGAGGAAGCGGUCCAGAACUCCACAGCAGUCCAACCUGAGGAAGAUCUCAGCGGCGUGCUGCAGCGCUCCCUCAUGGCCUACGUGCAGGAGUUCAGAUUACGCCCGCCUCCGGUGUACAGCGAGGUGGACCCAAACCCUCAGCCCUUCGCCAUGCGUCCUCGCUGCAUGACCUGUUGAACUCUCUGCCAGCUGAGCAUCACCUGAUGUUUGAAACAAAAGCUGAGAUUUAAUUCUCCUGGACGCCUCUCUGAGACUGAGAUUGGCACUUGAUCCUCGUUCGAGCCGUUCGCAUCUGUGCUUCCCGCAGCGAGGCAGAGAGAGGAGGAGAUGUCUGGACUAGGCGAGGAUGAGCGCUUUCAUCAAACAAAGAGGACAUUCAGUACCAGGGCGAACAAAGGUUCUGCCCACGUUUGUGUCCCAAAGAGCGAUCAGACUCUGGUCUGUGCCUCGAACGAUUGUACGUAGAAUCAGGGAAAUAUGGGCAUGAUCACUAGAGAAUUAUGGGUGAGAAGCCAUUCAGAGAUGCUACCCAUAGUGCCUUAUUUUGCUGUGAAUGAGGGCCGAGUCCCUCUUAACCAGCUGCAGUCUGCCACCUUAGAUGUUAGCAGAUGUGAUGUCGUCCUCU